GACCACCCAACGUAUGAUGUCAGCUCCUGCAAGUGCAGCAUCUCCGAAUAUAUAAAAUGAACGAUCUCACACUAGUUACUCAUUCGUUACUCUACACACCACGACUAAACAUCAUGAUCAAAUACCUGACCAUUGUCUGCGUGCUGGCCGCCGUCUGCGCAGGCGCGCCGCAGCAGGACGUGCAGAUCCUGCGGUUCGACAGCGACGUCCAACCUGAUGGAUACAGCUUCGCGUACGAAACGAGCGACGGCACCUCCCGCCAGGAGCAAGGCAAACUUGACAACCCUCAGUCGGAAGACGCAGCCCUCACUGUCACCGGAGAGUAUGCCUACGUCGCCCCCGACGGCAAGCACUACAAGGUCACCUUCACCGCCGGACCCAACGGCUUCCAGCCUAAGACUUCCCUUGGCCAGUAAACGGACUUUAAAAUUGUCCUUAAACUAAAUGGAUGCAAAAUCCUUCCAUUUCUUUUGAGGACAGAAGCAAAUCUUAAUAGUGUCAUGACUGUAUAUUUUUCUUUGAUCAUGACUCUUUUAGGCAAUUGCUGUAGAUAAGCACUAUGUAAAUACUCUUGUACCUUUUGCCAACAAUUUAACUAGCAAUCCAAUGAGCGGAUGCUCAAUAAUUACGUAGCAGUGAAUUUUCGAUCUCAUUUAUACAUGCUGGAGCAUUAAGAAUGAGGAAUCGCUGAAUCUAAAUUCUUGUGCCAUAAGACCAUCUUUUGUACUUUUUUUUUAUUUUGUACCAAGUACGGUAAUUGAGCGUCUUUGCUCAAAAUAAAGUUUUUUUUAA